AACGUAUACCUACUCGCACGCGCCGCACUGGUCAGCGCGUUAACAACAUUAUUAUUAUCCUUUUACAUCCAGUCAUAUAACAUUAAUGACACGCGAAACUCGUUUCUUAUAAUUAUUACGAGUCAGAAUUUUCAAACACAGAUUUAUUUUUACUUAAAGUGUUAUGAGAUGUGGAAAUGGUUGGUGUUCAUAUGGUUGAUCGCAACGAAAUUGCUCAAAGACCCGGGACCAGUGAUAAAAGUGAAAGAUGGCUUGCUCCGAGGCAGGACUAGUGUGGACGGCAACUCAUAUCAGUAUUUUGGAAUUCCUUAUGGAACUGUGGAUCAGACCAAUCGUUUUCAAGCACCCCUACCACCAAUUAAAUGGAAAGGUAUUUUCGAAGCUAUCAAUGAGAACACGAGAUGUCCCCAAAAGAUGUUUGGUCCUAUUAUCGCCGGCGUUGAAGAUUGCCUCAAACUAAACAUCUACACGCCUAUAACCACUGUUUCACAUUUACGUGCUGUAAUGGUUUACAUCCACGGAGGAUGCUUUUUUGAAGGAAUAGGAAACGCUUUUUUAUACGGGCCAGAUUACUUUGUGGAUAAUGACGUCAUCUUUGUUGGGAUCAACUAUAGACUGAACGUCGAAGGAUUUCUCUGUUUGGGUAUUAAAGAAGCACCAGGCAAUGCCGGUCUUAAAGACCAAAUAGCAGCUCUUAGAUGGGUUAAAGAAAAUAUCGCUGCAUUUGGUGGUAAUCCCAAUAAUAUAACAAUAUUUGGUGAGAGUGCCGGUGCCGUGUCUGUAUCGCAUCACAUUAUGUCUCCCGCUUCUAGAGGACUUUUUAGUAGAGCAAUCUUACAGAGCGGUUCAGCAUUGGCGCCCUGGGGCCUUCAACAUGAUCCUCUUGAGACCGCUAGAAAUUUAGCUAAAGAAUUCGGAUACUAUGGUAAAGAUCCUCUUGAGAUUUAUAAGACUCUAUCUAAUAGAAGUAUUGAAGAGUUAAUUAAUGCAAUAAAAUUCAAAGAAAAUAAGAAUUAUAUAACUGCGGAGAUACUAUUUGCACCGUGUGUUGAAAAUGUAAUUCCUGGAAUAGAGCCUGUAAUCACUAAACAUCCCGUGGACACUAUUAUUUCCGGAAACUACACUAAAGUUCCUAUGAUAAUAGGGUACAAUGACCAAGAAGGUAUAUAUUUUGUAGCCAAAGAUUUUGGAACCAGUUUAAAGCAAAAACCCAAUGAUAUUUUACAUGGAGACCUAGAAUUUCCAUCAGAAUUGAGCAAAAACGCAAGCAUGCAAGAGAUAAAUAAAUACUACUUUUCAUCGGGGAAAGAGGAUUUCAUUAUGGAUAUGAUUAAUUUAUAUUCAGAUCUGCAUUUUAAAUACCCAGCCGUGAUUGAAUCCGAAUUGUACGCGAGGACGAGCGACCAACCCAUUUAUUACUACUUAUUUAAGUACAGCGGGUAUAUCAACAUGCCGAAGAUUAUCUCAUACUUCGGGUUCGUCCAGGGGGCAUCCCAUGCAGAUGAGCUUUUCUACUUGUUCAAACCGCAUACUUUCCCAUUACCGACACGCAUUCUAGAAACCCAUAUGAUAAAGCGAAUGGUCACAUUAUGGACUAACUUCGCUAAAUACGGCGAACCAACUCCGACCACCUCGCCUCUCUUACCUGUAAAGUGGCAACCCAGCCAGGCUUGGAACCCCAAAGCCUUGGUCAUUGACCGACACCUGACCACUAGCCCCCUAUGGGAUGAGGGCUCCAUAUCUCUAUGGAAUAAAACUUACAUUAAGUACAGGAGGAAACGUUACGGAUUUCGAUAAAGGGACCUAUAGUAUAGACAAUAUUUUGUUUAUACUAGCUUUGUUUUUGAUUUACGAUUUGGGCUGACUGGUAAGACAAAAGUACAUCUUUUGCAAUUGCAAUUGAAACUUCCAUAAAACGAAAUUAUAUUCCAUAUAACAUCCUAUAUGUUAGAGAUGUACUUUUGUCUCUAGCUUAUAAAACAAACACAAACAAAUAUUUGCCUUAGUCAUUAGACUAUAGUGGUGGUCACAUUAUGGACUAACUUCGCUAAAUACGUAUAGGUAAAAUAAAAUGACUGAUGAAAGUAUUAACUUUCAUUAGUCAUUUUUACUAUAAGAUUUUGUUAUGUCUAAAAUAAUGUGGUUGACAGUUACUAAUAAAUAGAAAAUAUGUGAUAUGUAUGUUGUUAGGAGGGGUGUGUUACGGGUAUUAGGUUGUGUUAAUUUAUUGAACGUAUGUAUGUUUGGUGAUACUAAAUCUAGUCCUAUAAAUAUCGAAAUCAAAUAAAUAUUAUUUUAAACUUGAAAACUAUGUUAUAUACAACAGUUUUCACAUUAUGUAAUAAAUAAUUAUGCAAAUUGUACCGUGA